AUGUCACAGUCUAAUGCAGCUGAUGAAAAUGCCACUCCGCAACAGAAAGUUCUGUUGCCCAACCCCUUUGAUCUUAAAGAUUCUCAGAUCCUGGAGAGAGUUUAUCUCACCCAUCUCCACGAUGAAGACAAGUGCGAUGUAGAUAUCCUUUGGAACAUUGUGUCCAAUGUACUUAAGACAAGGUUCGCUGAAGGCAAAGCUAGUAUUACCGGUUUCCAACCAGAUUAUCGUACAAUGAAGCUGAUUUCUUGUCAGAUGAUAACCACACCUUGUGGCGAACGUUAUGUGCACCAAACAACAAUGUGGAUUCUUCAGCACCUCAAAACCUAUUCAUGGGAUGCAAAAGCACUGGUAGCACUAGCUGCUUUCGCUUUGGAAUAUGGGAAUCUUUUGCACCUCACUGAAGUUCCACCAUCAGAUCAACUUGCAAACUCAUUGAAACAACUGAACCAAGUUCAAACUAGAAAGAUGCCUGUGAACAAUUUGGUGGAGUUGGUGAUGGAAGCGCUUCAGAACAUUCAAGAGUGGGCAACAUGGUCUGCUGUUGGUUAUAACACAUUGGAAGUGCCUUCCUUGUCAGAUGCCCUUCAUGAGGUUCCUGUUGUUGUUUACUGGAUACUUGCCUCCAUUAUUGCUGCCACUGGCAACCUCGUUGGUGUAUCGGAGUAUAGCUUAUCAGAUUUCACGGACAGGCUUUCUUUGGCUGUCUCUAGAUUGCAGGAACAUCUGAAAUAUAGCAAGGAGCAAAUAGAUUAUGUAGAAGAAUACUCGAGGCGCAAGAAGGCAUUUUCCAAUCCUAAAGAUAUUGUUGAAUUCUUGAAGCUUCUGAUCCAACACAAGGGAUCGAAGGUCCAAGUAUAUGAUGGCAGCACCAAAAACAAUAUAGAUAUUGAAGUCUUACGGCAGAAACAUGUCUUGUUGUUCAUUUCAAGCCUCGACAAGAUUGAAGAUGAGAUUUUACUUUUGAAUUCUCUCCAUGAAAGAUUGCAAGAAAAUCCAAAAGAAAUAAUAAAAGAUUACAAGAAAGAGGAUUUCAAGAUUUUGUGGAUCCCCAUUGUGACUGUGUGGGACGACAACCAGGUACACAAAUUCCAUACUUUGAAGGAUACCAUCAAAUGGUACGCAGUGGAGUACUUCUAUGAGUUACCAGGCACUGGGCUAAUAAAAGAGAAAUUUAAUUACUGGGGUAAUCCUAUUAUCCCAGUUCUCACCCCUCUUGGUGACGUAAUGAAUGAAGAUGCAAUGGACUUGAUUUUUCAAUGGGGGAUCGACGCUUUCCCCUUUAGGAAAAUUGAUGGUAUUGAUCUUACUCUAAAAUGGAAGUGGUUCUGGGAUGUAACAAAGAAAGUAAAUCUUGGAGUACAGGUAAAAGGGGACAGGUACAUUUUCAUAUACGGAGGUUCUGACAAAAAGUGGAUCCAAGACUUCACACUGGCAGUGGAGAAAACCAAAAGGCAUGCAACUAUCUCGAGGGCAGAUGCUAUAAUAGACCACUAUCAAUUGGGAAGGAAUGACCCCAAGGUUGUUCCUCGUUUCUGGAUUGAAAUAGAAAGCAAGAAACUGAAGAAGCACAAGGAUGCCUUGGACUGUGAGAUUCAAGAAAUUGUGAAGAGCUUGCUAUGCCUUAAACAAGAUCCACAAGGAUGGGCUAUUCUCACCAAAGGCUCCAACGUGAAGCUUCUAGGUCAUGGUGAGCCUAUGUAUCAAACUUUGGCAGAGUUUGAGAUAUGGAAAGACAAAGUGCUUCAAAAGGAAGGCUUUGACAUAGCCUUCAAAGAAUACUAUGAGGCUAAGCUUAAGGAAAUAUAUGAUCGUCAACCCUGUGCAUAUAUGAAUGUUGAUAACAACACUGCAAAUGUCGUAGCAACCAUAACAUGCCCAAAUCCCACGUGUGGGCGUGUGAUGGAAGUGACAUCUGUUAGUUACAAGUGCUGCCACCGUGAUGCUCCAAACACCGGCAAUAUAUGA